CUCGACUCUUGACUCUUUAAAUAUGCAAUGUGAAUCGACUCGCACUUGCUUGUCCUCGCGAAGCCAAGGCUCUCACACAUCAUCACUCACGACCCAGCUAUCCUCAUCGUCAACAAAGAGUCACGCGUGACGCUCCUCGAGGCUCUCACUUGAGCCAGGGCCAAUCAGGCGGUACUCUGUUGGGAUCCUUCAUCCAGCCCCGUCAUUCGUGGCAUCCCCACGCAACAUCGGUAUCGACCAUGUCCAUCCCGACGCACGCGCAGACGUACGCUUCUCGAGCGCAGAAGCUCAAGAAUCCGGCAGGAAAAGCACUGCUGGAAGUGAUGGAGCGCAAGCAAUCCAACCUUUGCGUAUCAGUGGAUGUGACCAGCAAAAAAGAUCUGUUGGAUGUGGUCAAGAGCGUUGCAAAAUUCGUUUGUCUCGUCAAGACGCACAUCGACAUCGUGUCCGACUUUGAUCAAGACUUGAUCGAUCAGCUCGUCGCUCUCUCCAAAGCGGAAGACUUUUUGAUCUUCGAAGAUCGCAAAUUUGCCGAUAUAGGCAACACCGUUUCGCUUCAGUAUGGGGCAGGAGUGCACAAGAUCGCCUCCUGGGCGCACAUCACCAAUGCCCACUUGGUGCCAGGUCCAGGUAUCAUAGACGGUCUCAGGACGGUGGGAGAGCCUUUGCAAAGAGGACUACUGCUGCUGGCUGAAAUGUCGUCCAAGGGAACUCUUGCUAAGGGCGACUACUCGCAAGAAUGCGUCAAAGCUGCCAGGGCUAAUCAAGACUUUGUCUUUGGCUUCAUCGCCAUGCAUCGUGUGCAGGACGACGACCUUGUCGAUUCCGCCGUCCCUGUCGAAAGGGACGCAGAGGACUUUUUGGUGCUGACGCCCGGUGUGGGACUGGAUGUGUCUGGAGAUGCUAUGGGACAACAAUACAGGACGCCUCAGCAGGUCAUCGGCGAGAGCAAAUGCGACGUCAUCAUCGUGGGAAGAGGCAUAUACGGAGCUUUGUUGAAGAGCGAUGAUAGAGCGAGCGCGAUUGAACAAGUCAGGAAACAAGGAGAGAGAUACAGAGUAGCUGGUUGGCAAGCUUACGAGCAGAGGUUGACGGGUGCGUGAGCUUAGCCGUACGCCCUGUAGGUCCCUUAGCAAACAAUGUCAUCUUUCGUCAUGUCUGAUUCAU